UAUUUGCUUUAUCGUGUCUCAAAAUAAAUAAUAUAAGCUUUUGACCAUAAAUAUUCACGAUUUUGAUGAAAAAUGUCAUAAAUUAUUGCAAUCCGCUAUUACCAUAAGAAACAGACUUUAAAAAACAACAAUCGCACGUCUUUUCGCGCGUAAUUGUGCGAAAAUAAUAAACGCUCGACGUGGUACCAUAAGUAGAUUUCAAAUCAAACACCGGGGGCAAUGUUCGCAUUAAAUAGAUGACCUUGAACUCGAGCACACAUCAAACACUUCUACUGAAAAAUCGUUGAAGCUCUAUGUUUAAUAGAGCUAGAAUUAAUUGCAUCGGAGGCACGAGACUUGCGUAUUCGAUUAUUUCAACACAUCCCAUUUAUAGUUGCCAAUGUUUGUAUACGCGCUCUUUCGAGCGUGAAAUAUAAUAGUCAAAGUGAAGCUAUUACGUUCGAAAAAUUUCCCGCCGACCUUGAUAUUGAUACUUUAGAUGCGUGAUUCAUUACUUAUGAUCAAACUACAAGUGUUCGUCACUUUAUUAAUGCGAUUGUUGACGCACAUUAGUCGAGCUUUUAGCCAAACAAUUCGGGCAAUUAGCCCUGGAAAAAUUAGCCGCCGCCGAAUUAUGACGCAUACGUAGAUUCGAUUGCGCGUGGGCAAUCUGUUUACCCUCGGCAAUGAAUUAUGACGACUAGAAAAGACAAUAUCUCGAUUUUGAAACUUGCUGUUAUCCAGCUAUAUAUAGCGUCUAAUAAUAAGAAUCUCCACUCGGAAUUUCGCCGACUGCACCCAAUAGCAGACAUGCUGGUCUACGUGCUAACACUGGCUGUCUGCCUUUUUGGCGUAAGCAAUGGCUUGGAUAUUGGAAAGGAUGAAAUGAGACUCUUUGGAGGAAGCUUUGCCAACUCUGACAAGUACAAGUAUCACGUGGCGAUCCUUCAGGUCCAUCCUAAUGACACGACUCAGGUGAUCUGCGGAGGUGCCAUAAUCGACAGUCGCUAUGUUCUUACCGCAGCUCACUGCGUUUAUGAGAUUGAGAAGAGCGAAUUGAUGGUGAGGAGCGGCUGGAAUGUGGCUCCGGAGAAUCCUUAUGAGGAGGAGCGCAGUUAUCACAAAGUCGCCAAGAUCAUUUACCCAAAAGACUACUUCCACUCGCACUGUCGUCAUCACGAGCACGAUAUUGCCAUUCUCAAGGUGAAGAAAAACUUCGACCUGGCUGAAGAGAGCCAAUUCCAAAAGAUCCACCUUCCGGUAUUCGACAACAGCUACGACGGCUACGAUGUACAAUUCACAGGCUACGGUAUCCACAAGAUUCGUAAGCUCGUUAACAAGAAUGGCACUGUCGUUAAAGAGCUUCCACUCUACACAGACAGGCUCAAGUUCAUGAUCACACAGGUCAUCUCCAACGAGGAAUGCGCACGAAAAGCUUCGAGUAUUAUCACUAACACGAACAUUUGUACAGCAGCUGUGAAUUUGGACGGGUUCACGUGUUUGGGUGACGAUGGCGGUCCCUUAGUCUACGAUGACAUGGUGAUCGGUAUUCGCAAUAGUCACAACAACAAGUGUAUCCAUCAAGAGCCUGAAAUCUACACAAGAGUCUCGUCUUACCUUGGCUUCAUUCACAAGGUGCUGAACAACGACCCAUCUUAUGAUAUCGAGUACAUAUAAAAUUAUGAUAAAUGCGUUACGCGUAUACUCAUGUGAAAACAUACUAAAUUUGUUAAAAAUUAAAAAAAAAAGACUUGUACAUUGUGAUCUUAGGAUUAUAAAUUUUAGGCUAGAGUUUUUAAGGAAAUAAAUUUGUUUUGAUAC